AUGGAAUUUGCCUAUGACCAGAUUUUAGCAUUGAAUGCUAAAAUGCCUCGGUUAUUUAAAAUAGACAGAAAAAUAAGCACUAAUACUCGCCAUGUAAUUUUUAUACAGCGAAAAACCGAAGCCGAGAAAUUACAAAUAGGCACCCCACCUAAGGAGCCUACACCUCCCAAAAAAGGAAAAAUCAAAAAAGCGAAAAAGAUCGUUGAAUUUGAUGGAGAUACUUUAAUAUACAACGAUUUACCCCAAGAGCAAGCUCCAAACACUCGAAAAAAGUCUUUAAGAUCAAAAAAGUCCCAUGGAUCAGAAGAAGAUUCUUCAUCAGUCAGCAAUGAACCUAUUGAGCCAGCCCCAACUAAAAAAGCAAAGCUACCAAAAACUCCACCCACCAAGUCUCCACCCACAGGCAGAAAAACAGCUGCUUUCAAUAAAAUUAAGUCAAUCCUCCAGCAAGUCAUCAGGCAUCCGAUGGCCGAGCCAUUCCGAAAUCCACUUAAUAUCAAUGAAUCCCCAGACUAUUUCAAAAAAGUCAAAGAGCCCAUCGACCUGUCUACCAUUGAGGCAAAAUUAAACGAAAAUAAAUAUGAAACAGGAUAUCAGUUUGCUAUUGAUAUGAGGCUGCUAUGAAGCAACUCAUUUUUAUAUUAUGCCAAAGGCUCUGAUACUUAUCACAUGACAGUCGAACUUAGUUCUCUAUUUGAAAAACUCAUAAAAGGUAACGAAAGCCUCGUUCUAACAGGGAAAAAAGACAUUGUCAAAGAUCUCUAUCAUCAAGUGGAAACAUUAACAAAAGAAAUCCAAGGCUCAAAAAUCAAAAUCGAAGAAAACCCACCAAAGCCAAAACAAAAAGCAAAACCAGCUAAUGAAAAACCUAUGACUUUAAUAGAGAAAAAGAAGCUCUGCCUCAAUAUCAAAAGCUUGAACCCUAAAUAUUUAAGAGGAGUCUUAGACAUAGUAAAAAAAUGUAUGGACGUCAAUGGAAAAGAAUUCCAAUUCGACGUAGAAAACCUUCCCACUGCGAUUUGUAGGGAGCUCGAAAAGUAUGUAAAAGCUUGCUUGAAAAAUGAAUCUCCGAAUAAAUCCAAAGCAAAUGGAAUGAAUAGGGAAGAUAUAGAAAGGGUGCAAAGGAUCGCAGAAGAAAAGCUGAAACAUGUGGACAUGAAAAUUGAAGAAUUGACUAGGGUGCCACAACAGGUAGAAAAUAUAAUGAAAAAAGAAACAGAGGAUGAGAUCGUAGAAAGCUCAAGCACUAGUGAAAGUGAAAGUGAAGAUGAAAUUGUACCACCCAUGCAAGAUAUAGGACUUAUACCGCCUAACAAAGAAGAUAGUGAAAGCUUGCCGAGGGCUUCAGAUGUGUGGAAUUCUUUGAGUAAUGAUUUAGCAGAUAAAAAGCCUCAGAACUCAGCUAGCGAUAUAGUAGAAAUUAACUAA